AUGGUCAAGAGGAGAGGAUGGAUCGACAACACGUUGUCGCGCUUCCCUACCGCCGAAGAGCUGCGACAGUACUCUUGCGGCAAGACUGCUGGAAAGAAUAAGGGAAGGCGCGGCAUUGUAAUAACGGCACGAUGGACCAGACGAAGUACAGCGAGAAAUGGAUCAUUCGGUGUUCGAGGAGUGGCUAAGGUCCGCAGUCCCCUUCAUGAAGGAGUUCGCCGCGGGUCGGAACGUUACUCUGGUAACGCUCCCUAUCAUACUAGAGUGCUAGAGAAGGUUCCGACUAGAAGCUCCAGGGUGCAGGAAAUAUGGAAUUAUCUCAGCUCGCACGGCGUCGAAGUGGGACUGGAUAGUACAAAGGAAGCUCUUCUAGAAGAGGUUGGUGCACGUCUCGAAACGGCCCUUGACCACUUCGUCGCCACUAGAGGCGGCGCAGCAGCCUUGCGCUGUUACGCCGCUGAGAAGAUCUGCGAGGAAAUGGGAGUGAGCCUACUGAGGCUCCCUCCAUUCCAUUGCUUCUUCAACCCUGUGGAGCUUUGCUGGAGUCAUCUUAAACAGCGCCUCAAUAAGAUAGGACGUCCCACGGAUAGGCUGGAAAUAGUCAAAAGUAGGACUGUUGAAAUUUUGGGAAAUGUGACGAGACAGCUCUGUGAAGGAUGGUGCAGGGAAGCGAUAAGGGAGGAGGAUAGCGCACGGCUCAAGGAGGCUUUAGAUGCUAACAACAACUUUGUUGAAGAUGAGGAUAUGUCGUCCUCGUCUCACGACUCAUCUGAUGAUACUCUAUCAGAUGGGCUUUUCAGUGAAUUUAGUAUAGAAUUGUAG